AUGGCUAGCGGUCUCAAGGCUGCUGCCCGUUAUGGCACCCAAAGUGUAUUGGCCGGCUCUACCUCUUCCCUGCGAACAUUCCAGGCUAAUGGACUCCGACGAUUUGCCCACCAGACACAAACUUCUCCUGCUACCUCUCCCUUCGCUCCUCGUCACCUCCUCUCCAUUGCAGACUUGACCCCGACCGAGUUCGCAACUCUGGUUCGCAAUGCUUCUUCCCACAAACAAGCUAUCAAGUCUGGGGCUAUUCCCCAGAGCCUCUUGGGCUCUUUGUCCGGCAAAACCGUUGCCAUGAUGUUCAACAAGCGCAGCACCCGUACUCGUGUUUCUACUGAAGCUGCCGCCGUUCAGAUGGGCGGACACCCCAUGUUCCUCGGCAAGGAAGACAUUCAGCUCGGCGUGAAUGAGUCACUAUACGAUACCUCCGUUGUUAUUUCUUCAAUGGUUUCCUGCAUUGUCGCACGUGUCGCCAAGCACUCUGACGUUGCCGAUCUGGCUAAGCACUCUACUGUCCCCGUGAUCAAUGCCCUCUGCGAUUCGUACCACCCUCUUCAGAUUAUCGCCGACUUCUUAACUAUCUACGAGUCUUUCACACCCAAGGCGCACGGCCUUUCCAGCUUGGGCCUUGAAGGUCUUAAGAUUGCUUGGGUUGGUGACGCAAACAACGUUCUCUUCGAUCUGGCCAUUGGCGCUACUAAGAUGGGUGUCGAUGUGGCCGUUGCUACUCCCAAGGGCUACGAGAUCCCCUCGGAUAUGCUCAAGGUCAUCCAGACCGCUGGUGAGGGUGUUCCUUCUGCAGGCAAGCUUACUCAAACCAAUGUUCCCGAGGAGGCUGUUAAGGAUGCCGAUAUCCUGGUUACUGAUACCUGGGUCUCCAUGGGCCAGGAGGAGGAAUCAAAGAAGCGCAUGAAGGCCUUCGAGGGUUUCCAAAUCACCGCCGAUUUGGCUAAGCGUGGAGGUGCCAAGGAAGGCUGGAAGUUCAUGCACUGCCUGCCCCGACACCCUGAGGAAGUUGACGAUGAGGUCUUCUACAGCCCGCGCUCCCUUGUUUUCCCCGAGGCGGAGAACCGUCUGUGGGCUGCUAUCUCGGCUCUUGAAGGCUUCGUCGUGAAGAAGGGCAAGAUUGUUGAGUAA